AUCGCACCAUGGCUCACGACCACUCUCAUUGCGGCGACGAAUGCAAUGAUCACGACCAUGAUCACGGUCAAGAAAGUCUGGGUGCUCAGGACAAUCUUUAUUCCCGGGUCGACCACCAGAAUGUCGUUGCGCUAAACGCGACGAACGACGUCGAGGCCCGGCAAAUCGUCAAACCUUGGCACGAGCGCUUAGAUGAAGGCGUGUUUUUGAAAUCCGAUGCGGAUGACCAAAUGAUCAUCCGCAUUCCUUUCACUGGUUCCGUCAAGCUUCGCGCGGUGCUCAUCAAGGCGGGUCCUGGAGACCAGACACCGUCGAAAGUACUGCUCUAUCCAAACCGGGAUAACCUCGAUUUCUCUGACGUGAACGACACGAAGCCGGUCCAGGAGUUCCGUGUUGCUCAAGGUCGCGACGUCGGCGAAUACGCUGUCAUGCCUGCAAAGUUUUCGGCCAUAUCCUCUUUGACCCUUUUCUUCCCUGGAUCCCAAGGCGCCGAUAACAUCCGGAUUUACUACAUCGGCCUUCUUGGCCAAUGGACUGAGCGAAAGCGCGAUCCGGUGAUCACCGUUUACGAGACUCAAGCCAACCUUGCGGAUCAUGAGAAGAUACAAGGCACCGAUGGAGCCUUCAGCUCUCCUCAAAUGUGAUAAACAAGCAAAACAUCGAACGAUGAUGUACAAUAAGUAAACAUCGGAGAGAACUCCACGUGUAUAAUACGCAAUGGCAAAUGAGAAAUCGCUUCACUUCCGUUACUUGUCCCAAGAUGAAUAACCAGUGCGCCUAUCGAUCCAAAUAUACGGCAUCAAGGAAGACCGGUACCGCCACGCUGCAUGAAGGCCUGCAUAAUAUCGUGAUUCAACAUGGCUGGAUUACCAACCCCACCGUUAGGUCGCAUCUGAGGCAUGGCUCCGGUGCUAGGGCCAGCGACGGCGUUCUGCUGCAUGGUGAAAUUGCUCGUUGCGGCGGCUGCGGCCGCCGCCGCUUGUUGUUGUUGUUGUUGCUGCUGCUGCUGAUGUUGCAUUUGAAGCUGGUUCAUCAUGGCGGCAGCCCUCGCUGCCGGGUCUUGAGAGACGGGCUGCUGCAGCGUCCGGUUUUGCGCGGUGAGGUACUGUCGCUGCUUAUCGAAGUUCAUCAAAAGUUCUCGACGUUGUUGCUCCGACAUUUGCGACAAGCGCUUCAACAUCUCCGGCGGCAGCUUGCUGAGAUCGUUGAAGAGUUCCGGGUUCUUCGGCGGAGCCGGUAAGCCCGUCUCGGGGAACGCGGCACCCAAUAGGUUGGGUCCCGUGUCCUUAGUGGUGAAAGGGAAUAUGAGGAUGUUGUUCGACACCAUGCCAUUCGGGAGCUGCCAUGCGGCCUGGGCAUACAGAUUCUUUUCCAUCAACAUUUGUAUCAGAGAUCUGAAGCUAACGUCGUUGACGUUACGAUCCGUCGUCCGUGCACUCGGCCUUAGGUUCACAAUAACGGCCCCCGUGUUCUUGAUCCAGCUCUGUAGCACUUGGGGAAUGACAGGUUUAAACGGCGCGGGAGUGAGGGCCAUUCGCUGAGGCCAUAUAUCCGGACGCAUGUUGGAACUAGUGGUUACAGCAAGAACCUCAGCCUGAACCUCCUUCUUAGUCUGGCCAUCCAUACCGGUCCAAGCCAAUACGCCCUGCCACGAUUUGCUAGCGUCAAGCUGUGCGGGCCCCGCCGCGGGAGCCAUGUUGUUUGCAGUAGAAACAUUUUGCGAGGCAGCGGCUUGUCUGUACUCGAGCAUCUUCUGCAUUUGUGCGGCCAUCAUCUGCGAGUUGACUGUGGGUACCGGGGAGCCGCCAGGGACGCUGCUUGCCGGAGCGUGAAGUUGACUAUUGCUAGGAGUUCGGCGAUGGAGGGAAUGUGGGCCUGAUCCUGCAUGAGGCUCUAACGAAGGGGCGGAGGCGGGAACGGGAACGGGAGCAGGGGCGGGACCGGGAGCGAGAGCAGGGGCAGGAAUGGAGGCGGGGACGGGGACGGAACCCGUCGUUGAGAUGGGCGCAGCAGGAGCUGUCGCUGGACUCUGUUGGACGAUCGACUGCUGGUUGCCGCUCGGGUUCGAAUCGGCGGAGGUUUGGCCCUGCGCUUGACCCUGAUUUUGCAACGACUGCAUCUGUGCCGCUUUGAGGUGUUGCACCAUUCCCGCCCGGAUCGUGUAAUACUGCGCGAUCAUCGC